AUGAGCGGGCAGAUCGUGCCCAAGCGCUUCGGCCUCAAGUACUCCCCGAAGCCAGCGAUUGCCCUUGAGUAUCAAAAGCCUGAUGCCGGCAUCGCAAUUGUGGAGGUGCAAAUCGAGCAGCUAUCGCCGAAGACAUUUGAUGUGUCAGGCGUAGUGGAUGCCCUUCAGAAGAAACACCCUUGCCACCUUGGCCCGGACAUGGUGUCGGUAAACCAGUUGGAGCGUUUGGUAUGGCGCCUGCUCUCUGAGGGUCGGGCCCACCUGCCUGGAGAAUACCCCAUCACACCUGAACAGAUGGUCGUCAACGAAUCCCAACACCAGCCCUCGUCAACGACACCCCAAAAGCACGGGCAUCCCAUGCAGCCUUUGCUUUUGCCAAAAUCCGAGGACUACGACUCAGACAACUCCGGCCGCCUGUCAACCGGGCCGACCCCAGCCCCCACCCCGGAAGUGCCGCGUGUAACUCGCGACCGUUCGGAAGACGAUGGGAUCAUAACGAGCUUUGCGCCCCUAAGUGCGCAAGGGGACGGUUUUCACGGAAUAAGGAGCGAAGAAGGAAAACACGAUUGUGAUGUCGCUACGGCAAAGCAGCAACAACCAAGCGGCGAAAUUGGUGGAGGGGACAAGCAGGUAUCAGCGGCGAUGGUCAGGAGCACUGCCGCCGCCGCCGCCGCUGCGGCUACCGGUUCUUCGGUCGAGGAGGCAAAGACCGGUCGAGUUCGCGAAGACGAGGAGAAGCGGGACGAGGACAGUUUGUCUCCGCGAUGCGGUCACGAUGAACAAAGGAGAGUGGAACGAGAGCUGAACAAAGACAACGGCGAGAGAGGGGUCGAUGUUCAAGUCGUCUCUCGGGUUGAGGCUUCGAAAGAAGAAGAAAAAAAAAUCGCCGGUGAGACCGACACCAAGCUCGUUGAACCACGUGAAGAUCCGGAGGAAGGAGAUGACGUCAUCAACGAUUACGCCGACCACGAACGUGCAGGCCAACACCGAGUUAGCGAGGAUAACAUUGAGGGCCGUUCAUCCCCGCACACGAACGACGACGCUCACGUUGCCACCGCCGCCGCCGCCUCGACAUCCCUCGAAGACAAAACCGAACAAAAAAGCUUGCUGGUAGAGCUCGGUCCGGUGGGGAGCGGCAGCGAACAAAACGAGGUCGAGGAGAAAGAGGAGGAUAUUCCCGAGAUAGAAGAGGAGCUUGUGGACGGUAUCGAAAUCGAGGAAUUCGAAGAAGGAGCAGGCGACAGCAAUCGAGUGUAUGUCCGCGACGGGGAGGAGAGCGGGAACAGACUCAUCAACCGGACGAAGAGCAACUCGGAGGACAACGAGCGAGCGGACGACACCGGAGACACUGCUGAUCCGGCCGUCGCCGCAGUUGCAUCCGUCCGAGACAUUGAGACCGCACCGGAAAGGAUAGAAACGGGCGACGCUAGUGGUGAUGCCGUGGUCUCCACUAACGCAAAGAACGUGGCCGAAGAUUUCGACGAUGGCGAUGACUCCGUGGACGAUACCCCCCCCGGCCAGGACACCCGCAGCGCCAUCAACUCUCUGUUCAAGAGACAAACGGAUGCUUCUGCCGGUAGGACUACAACGCCAGGGUACUCGGAGAACGAGCACCUCAUCGUUGAGGAACGUCGGCACGAGGACCAAAACUCCAGCAGCGAGGACGACGUAGUCUCUGCCUCCAAGACCACCGAACGGGAACCCGGGGAGAUGGGCGCCGCCAAGCCCCCGGGAGCGCCUCCACCGCCGUCCCUCCCACUCCCGUCAGCGUCGAACGAAAGGGGCUCCUUGUCGUCUCUGUCCUCGCCUCUCGCGUCGCCUCGCGGCUUGGCGCCGCUGUCUUCCCUGGCGGGGCUGCCGCCGCCACCGAUGGGCGGUGCCCGGCAGAGGCUCGGUCUCCUCGGAGCCUUGCCCCCGGUUGGGGGAAGGGGUCUUCCCUCCCUGGCGCUACCGGGAGGGCUAAAGGCGAGGAACGCACCGGGACAAGAGCGCGAGGAUGUUGAGACAAAGCCAGGGGAAGGUGGCGACGGAGGGCUUGGCAUCCAGCGUGGGUUCCCCAACUCACGCUCCCGCGGGCAAAGGAGAUGA